AUGGGAGCAUGCUCCCAGCUAGUCCUGGCAGUUCCGUGGUGGGUGGUCUGUAGCCAGUCGCUAGGUACGAAAAGUAAAGCAGGGCACAGGGUGAAACCACGCUUCUCAAACAUAGCCUCCAACCAGGAGUACUUUUCUCUGGCAGCAACCGAGCCGGAUGCCGACAGACGGGCGUACGCAGUGUGGGUGUCGGAGAUCAUGCUCCAGCAGACGCAGGUGGCUACAGUGAUUGACUACUACAACCGCUGGAUGCAGAAGUGGCCGACGCUGCAGGCUCUGGCGCAGGCAUCCCUGGAGGAGGUGAACGAGCUGUGGGCCGGACUUGGCUACUACUCGAGAGGGAAGCGUCUGCAGGAGGCAGCAAGGAAGGUGCCCUGGUGCUGGCGUGCGGGGGCAUUUCCAAAGCCCUCUGUGGCCUGUGGGUUGAUGCUGGCUCACAUCUGCCCUGCCUUGCUGGGACCAUGUGCUGCUGGCACAAGGGUGGUGUCUGAGCUGGCUGGACAGAUGCCCAGGACGGCUGAGGACCUGCAGAAGCUGCUGCCAGGAGUGGGCCGAUACACGGCAGGAGCCAUCGCAUCCAUCUCGUAUGGGCAGGCUACCGGUGUCGUGGAUGGGAACGUGAUCCGGGUCCUGUGCCGCCUGCGGUGCAUUGGUGCCGACUCCAGCAGCCCGGCCGUCAUCGACCGGCUCUGGGACAUGGCCAAUGCCCUGGUAGACAGGAGCCGCCCAGGGGAUUUUAACCAAGCCCUGAUGGAGCUGGGGGCAACUGUGUGUGCACCCAAGGCCCCGCUGUGUGGGGAGUGCCCCGUGAAGCAGCACUGCCGAGCACGGCGCAGGGUGGAGAAGGAGCUGGCCUUCACCUCGCAGAAGCUGUUUGGAAAACCUGCCUCAGUGCCUGAUGUUGAGGACUGUGGUGUUGGGGGCUGUCCUCUGUGCCCCCCGGCCGCGGAGCCGUGGGACAGCAGCCUGGGGGUGACCAACUUCCCCCGGAAAGCAGCGAAGAAGCAGCCGCGGGCAGUGCGAACGGCCACGUGUGUGCUGGAGCGGAGGGGCUGCCACGGGGUCCCGGAGUACCUCAUUGUGCAGAGACCCAGCUCAGGUCUCCUGGCUGGGCUCUGGGAGUUCCCAAGUCUCCUGCUGGCUCAGGGUCUGCAGGAGGAGAAGCAGAGGGAGGCGCUGGCAGAUCACCUCCAGGCCUGGACGGGGCGGCCCGUGGCGGCUGGAGGCCUGCGGUUCAUCGGAGAGGUCGUCCACAUCUUCUCUCACAUCCACCAGACCUAUGUGGUCUACUCCCUGCCCCUGGACGAGGAUGUGACCCUGGACCCUGCCUUGUCCCCAUCCCGCUGGGUGACAGAGGAGGAGUUCCAUGCCUCAGCUGUGUCCACGGCCAUGAAGAAGGUGCUAAAAGCACGUGAGAUGCAGCGUGGGAAGGAGAGCAGCGCUGGCAAGGGCUCCAAGCGGAAGCGGGGGGCAAAAACGCAGGGAGCGGGCAGCACCUGCCCCGGGACGCAGCUCUCCCUCCGCGCCUUCCUCCGGGCACCGACUGCCCCGUGACGGCACCUUCCACAUACGAGACCACUAGAGACCCAUGCUGCGAGUUCGCUGGCUUCCGCAGCUUCCCCAUGGGAGCUGUGCCUUGACGUGGCCACUACGGCCCUGGAUGUGACCUGGAGCCAGGCUUGCCUUCCCUCCUUGGCUGGAGCCCUCCUGGGGUUAUUCGGCCCCGCACAGCCACCGCUCUGGCACUGCAGACUCGCGGCAGCAGGGGUUUCUCUCCAGCAGCAGGAAGGCUGUGGCCACAUCGCUCCUGCAGCCCUGUCCCCAGGGCACCUCGUCCGCCAGCCAGCGAUUGUGGAUGCUGCUGUAUGCUUCCUGGCCUCCCAUAGCCAUUUUUAUACACUUGUUUUUACUGAACCUGAGCCACAGGCUUUCUAAUAAUAAAUCUCGUAAACUGUG